ACUUAUACUCCAUUUACUAUAGCAUUAGACAGAAGUAAAAAAAGGCUCUUUUAGGAGUACAGUUUGCAAUAAAAACACAAUAAACACUAUUACAGUCAAGAUUGAUGAGGAGUUAAAUAAAACCAUUUUAAAUAACAGCUGUCACACUUAAUUGUACUUAUUUAAGCCAUUUACGUUCUUAAAUUACAAGUCCUUCAUUUAAUAUUAUUUAUUUUUUAAAUAAAAUAAUGUCGUGUCUAUGUUUAAAAUCUAAAAGAAGCAGGGGCAGAUAGUGCUCGGAACGUUUUUUCAUGUAACUAUAACUCAACCAAAUCUAAAAUGUUACCUUGUCCCUUCCUAAAUUGCGGCAGCACGUGUUUUUUAAUUUUGUUGGUUUAUAAUGUCAUCUAUCUGCGACUGUCAAUUUGACAUAUUGUUAUUCACUUGUGGAUACUUGUGAAUGCUACGCCUUGUUUCGUUGUUAUUGUUGAGUUUUCGUGGUUUAGUUGUUAUUUGUUACUGUUUUUCUGUUUGUUAUUGUUACUAUAUUAGUGUUACGUAAUUUUGUGUUGUUCAUACAAAGCAGUACAUUUUGUUGAACUAUGAACACGGACGAUCUCGGUGCAGGCCCGAGUGGCUUGCAAGCGCAACAUGUACGUACUGAAACUGCUAGUGACGCUGAGCAACGUCAACAGCCAAAACGACGUGGCCCCAAAAUUGAACACGACGUUAAAAUAUUGUCUCCCAAGAAAAAGCGAUCAAAGCAAACACCUCUUCAUUCUGCAGAAAAAACAACAGUUUUAAAUAUUUAUAAAGACAUCAAGGGGUCCCAGUCAGAAAGUACUCCUGCUUAUAUGACGCAGUUAGUUAAUAAAACUGCAGAAAUUGCAGGCAUAUCUCGUGCAACAGUGUAUAAUAUCCUCAAAGAGUACAAUACAGAAGGUCGCCUGCAAUCACCUCCUCCUCGCCAACGGAAAUAUUCAAAAUCGGAUGAAUAUGAUGAUAUAAUAUUAAGUGGAAUACGAAGGAAAAUUCAUUCUUUUUUCUUUGAUAAUGAAUUACCAACAUUGGAUAAGAUUCUGGAAGCCGUGAAUAGUGAUGAGUCUCUACCCGAUUUUAAAAGAAGCACUUUAUAUAAUUUAAUUAAAAACAAAUUAAAAUUUACAUAUAUUAAAAGAAGUAGAAGAAGUGCCCUAAUCGACAGACAGGAGAUUGUAUUAUGGAGGGUGAAAUAUCUCCAUGAAAUUAAGAGACUAAGGAAUGAAGGAAAAAAAAUAUAUUAUUUAGAUGAGACUUGGCUAAAUGAAGGACACACAAAAAGCAAAGUAUGGCAAGACAGUACUGUUAAGUCUUCAAAGGAAGCACACCGAGCAGGCUUAUCAACUGGUUUAAAGAACCCAACUGGAAAAGGAAAACGGCUUAUCAUUGGCCAUAUUGGAUCAACAGAUGGGUUUUUAAUGAAUGGUGAAUUAAUAUUUGAAGCCAAAAAGGGAGAUGGAGACUACCAUUCUGAAAUGGAUGCACACAAUUUUGAAAAGUGGUUCAGUUUAAUAUUAUCCAAAAUCGAGAGUGGUUCAGUUAUUGUUAUGGAUAAUGCGCCUUAUCAUUCAAGAAAAGUGGAGAAGCUGCCAACUACAGCCACACGAAAGGCAGAUAUUCAGGAAUGGCUUAAAAACAAAAAUAUUCCUUUUGAGGAAAAAGACCUUAGGGCCACUUUAUUAGAGAAAGUGAAACAUGUAAAACAUUUGUACCAAAAGUUUGUUGUAGAUGACAUGGCUAAAGAAAAGAACGUAUUAGUGUUGCGCCUUCCACCUUACCACUGCGAGCUCAACCCAAUCGAACUAAUAUGGGCUCAAAUGAAGGGAUAUGUAGCACAAAACAAUAAAAGUUUUAAAUUAAAGGAAGUGCAGCAGUUGCUCCCUCAAGCACUCGCAAAUAUAACUGCAGAAAAAUGGCAAUCUUGCAUUGCCCAUACAAUUAAAGAAGAGGAAAGAUUUUGCCAACUUGAUGGUAUAAUGGAUGAAGUUGUAGAAAGGUUUAUUAUUAACGUUGGUGAAUCUUCAUCAUCAUCAGAGGAUGAUGAAUAAAGAGUUCAUAUUUAUAUCUAUCACAUCGAUUAUAUCAUUAGGGUGGCAAAACCUUUUCUCUUAUUUAAUACCUUGCAAUAAAUCUCACACUUUUGUCUUUGGAAAAUGUUAUAAUAGUUGGUAUUUAACUUGCUAAACGAUUAUAGAUAAAAUUAUUACUUUUGUUACCGCCUAUGUCAGCAUACAUAAAUUAACUGAUGGUAGCAGUGACUAAAUUGUUAAGUAUGUUUUGUGUCUUAUUUACUUGGUUUGUUUUAAUCAUAAUAGGUAUGGAUUAUGAUGAAGUUGUUUUUAAUAAACUGAUUGCAACUA